AUGGCGGAACAUACGGCAAAGCAUCGUGCGCCUCUCGCCGAAACCACCAACCGCCUCAACAUUCCCGCGCCCGCUCACGCCCACCAGAGCUACAAGGCACGACGCAGUCAAUCCGGUGCCGCUCAAUGCUACAGCUAUUAUCCCGGCCAGAACAUGCAACCCAACCCGCAUCCCCAGGCAGUGGCUUACGACGCCUAUGCUCCUGUUGUCCAAGGAGGACAGCCGCCAGCAGAGGCUGCGAAGCGUCUUUCCCAGGCCUCCUACGCCUCCACCUCCAGCAGCAACAGCAGGAAGAACUACAAGACGCACAUUGGGCCAUGGCAGCUGGGCAAGACGCUUGGAAAGGGCUCGUCGGCUCGUGUUCGCCUAUGCCGCCACAGCAUCACCAAGCAGCUCGCCGCUGUCAAGAUUGUCAACCGUCGGAUGGCGUAUCUUGUCCAAGACAGCAGCCUCGCUGCCCUCAGCAAGUGGGAUUCGAGCCUCCCCGAAGUCAAUGGCGAGAUGCGUGUUCCCGUGGCGAUUGAGCGCGAAGUGGCCAUCCUCAAGCUUAUCGAACAUCCCAAUAUCAUGAAGCUCUAUGACAUAUGGGAGAAUCGCUCCGAAAUUUAUCUCAUACUUGAAUACAUUGACCAAGGCGAUCUCUUUACCUUUAUCAACACAAAGGGACGGCUGUCCGAGGAAGUGGCCAUCUAUUUCUUCCGCCAGAUGAUCAGCGCCAUUGCCUAUUGCCACUCCUUCAAUGUCUGCCAUCGGGAUCUGAAGCCUGAGAACAUCUUGAUCACCGCCGAUCUCCAGAUCAAAAUCGCCGACUUUGGCAUGGCGGCUCUUCACCAGACGGCUACGCAUCGACUGGCCACGGCUUGCGGUAGCCCCCACUACGCAGCUCCUGAGCUUCUCAAGAAUCGACAGUACCGCGGAGACAAGGCUGACAUUUGGAGCAUGGGCGUCAUCCUGUAUGCUAUGCUGUCCGCAACUCUGCCCUUUGACGACCCCGAUUUGCGUGUCAUGAUGGGCAAAACAAAGAAGGGGCAAUACAAGAUGCCUGACUUUCUCAGCCCCGAAGCUGAGGACCUCAUCCGCCGCAUGCUCCAGGUCAAUCCUGACCAACGCAUCGCUAUGAAGCAGAUUUGGCAGCACCCGCUAAUUCAGAAGUACAACUAUCUGGACGACUUUGGCCACAACACUGGACAGCCGCCGGACACGCGCAAGGGCUUUCAGUAUGCCCCCAUUCCGCGGCAGCAGAUUGACCCUCAGCUGCUGCGACAGCUACGCUCGCUCUGGCACAUGUUCAGCGAUGACGACUUGGAGAUGAAGUUGUCUUCCAAAGAGCCCAAUGACCAAAAGGCGUUCUAUUGGUUGCUAUACAACUACCGUGAGCAACAACUCGAGGACUUCAAGCCGGAACUGUCUCACUCGAUGAGCGACUACCACCACCUCAAGCCAAAUUCUUGGAGGAAGCGUGUCUCGACAUGCGAGUUUUCCCAGCCCAGAGUCAAUGGUCACGGUAGAUCCAUCUCCCGCUUCACAGUCAUUUCGACAGCAGCCGAGACCGAGGAUGGAACUGUCCAAAGCUACGACCCCUUCAGAGGCAGCCGGAUGCUGAAGACAUGCGGUUCGCAGGCAAGCCAUGCGAGGAUCACUCGAUCUGCUUCUGCAGCGCAAGUUCAGCGAGGGCCUCAUUCCUCACGCGAAAGCUCUGUCGUCGCUAAUGGUUCUACGCACCCGGUUCCUUCGAGAGCCCGGUCUCCCACGCCUGAAAUGCCCCAGCUGCCGGAUGGUACCUAUCCCAAAGCAAAAGGCGCCCCCGUCUUCAAGGACGCCUCGCUUCUUUUUAACGAAGAGCUGCGUCACUUUAGCAACAACAUCGCCAAGGACUGUGAUGAGGCAUUUAGGUGCUCCCUCAUCGAGGACGAAUCCUUUACUGGAUCGGUGGCGGAUGUGGACAGAAAGCAGCGUGACUCGACGCCGCUUUCUUUCACGAUUGAUACUCCCUCGGAGGCGACGGCGCCCUCGGAGUUCUCCAACAAGUCUUGGAGCACCCGUCCCUUGCCGCCACUUCCAUCUGAGAUUGCCUUUCCCAGUCAGCAGACCACUGCUGUGAACUCUCGACCAGCCUCGAGAGCUGAGGACCGCGACACUCUGGUGGAGCAGAUUGAUCGGCUGGCUCUACCCCUGAUGCUUUCGAACAAAGCCGACCGCCGAGUCGUAUCCGCACCGGCCUACGGCCAUGUCAGUCGACGAACGGGCACCCUGCCUUGCAUCAGCGAGAACCCGGUGGUCACCACUGCCAACGCGGAGAAGACAAGGAUCGUAUCGGCGCCACCGCAAACGCCAUCGAACAAGGCGAAGCGUCCCAUGAGUGGAGUCGACUAUCUGAACAACGUCGAAACCUCGAUCAGGGUUGUCAACUCACCCAGCGCACUCAGCCCGGUCAAGAUUCCGGAACCACUCAACGUGCGAAAGAAGCCAACCAAAGAGAGCCUUAAGAAGUCAUGGUUCAGGCGGUCGUUCAAGCCCGAAACGGACGGCGAGACUUUGGCAGAGCCAAAGGAUGGCAAGCAGCGAACCGUCUCGUGCGAGACUCGCCAGUCUGCCUCAAGCUCUACCACUGCCAACUCGUCCAAGAAGAGAAACUUUAGCUUUCCGUUCUGGAAGAGCAAUCGGAAUAGGGAUUCCAAGAUUAUCGAAGGUAUGGACGACUGCGAUGAUAUGAGUCCUACUCAGGAGACGGCCACGGCCCGAACCGAUAAGAAAGGACAAGGAUGGCAUAGAUCGUCGUCGGGCAGCAGCCGAAACAUUGAGGUGAAGCAGAAUUGGCUUACUAGGCUCUUCCGCGUCAAACCUGCAACGAGCCACAUCUGCAUGACACUGUCACGCAAGCGCGCCCGACAGGAGGUGGCCAUGUUGCUGCGCAAGUGGCGCAAGUACGGCAUGACGGAUAUACAGGUGGAUAAGGAACGCAAUAUCAUCUUUGCGCGCGUCGGGACCGAGAAUUGCCUGAACCUCAAACCAGUUGCCUUCGCCGCGGAGGUGAUGACGGUGAUUGAGCACGGUAAGAAACAGCCGCUCAGCAUCAUCCGAUUCACCCAAGAGCGAGGUGCCGCGAGCAGCUUCCACAAAGUUGUGGAUACGAUGAGGAUUGUGUUUACCGAUCGCAAUCUCGUGGUUAAGGACCCAAGCAAGCAGAAGAUGAUGAUCAAGACUCUCAACUCGUAA